CUUUCGAUUUAAUGCUCAGAUCAAAAAUAGGAAAUUAGGAAACGGGCCACAGACCGAUUUUGAUUUUGAUAUUUAAUUUGUUCGAUUUGUGUGAACCGGAAGUUACGGUCUUCUUCGUGUGUUGCACUUGGAAGUUUCCAAGUUUUUUUUAUAUACUGUCUAUGGACGUUUCCCGCAAUUUGGAAAACAGUUAGACGAGGCCUGGAAAACAUCAAUUAUGCAGUGAUUGUAAGUUAAUGACUCAGUAUUUCUUAAGUAAUUUCGUAUUGACACCAUGGCCGCACUGGAACCAUAUGCUGAUUUAAUUAAAGAUUUAUUUGAAACUGGCAAGACACAUGUAGAGAUUUCCACAACGCUGCAGCAGAUGGGUGUCCAGCGAUGUUCUGAAAUAAGUGUGAGAAGAUUCUGUGUUCAGCACAACCUUAAGCGAAAAAGACAUGUAUCGGACACAGAACUGGAGAGGGCUGUGGUUGGAUCAAUAUAUGAAACGGGCCCAUCUUAUGGCCGCAAGUUCAUGACUGGAUAUCUGUCUUCAAUGGGAGUGCAUGCAGGAGAAUGUCGAGUUGGGAAAAUCCUCAGAGAGAUUCAUCAGCCAUACCACGAAUUCCGACGUCAUGCAAGUUAUAUGCUAAGAAUGAAGUAGGCCUACAGUACAUGAUGUUGCAUGCAUAUAAGAAUUUCUUUGAUGUAGAAAUGGUUCGUGAAUAUUCUGGGCUCAAAAUAUAAAACAUGUCUUCAGGGUGCUCGUAAUCUAAAUCCCAUCCCGUAUCAUGCGGAAUAUAUGGGCCAUAAAAUUCACAUGGACCAAAACGAGAAGCUUGUGAUGUUUGGAGUGACACACGUCGUGGCAGUUGAUGGCUACAGCGGCAAAAUUGUUGCCAAUGCCACCAUGCCAGUGAAAAACAACCUUGUGAUUUAUGAGGAAGUUUACAGAUCUGCAGUGGUUAACCAUGGGAUGUGGGACCAACUCAGGGUCGACCAUGGCAGGGAGUUUUACAUGUGCUUGUACAUGCAAGAGAUGCUGUCAAGACAUAGACACAACCCUAGCAGGCCACCAUACCUUCAAACAACAUCAACAAGGAAUCUUCGAGUGGAAAGGAUUUGGCCCGAGGUGAACAAUCGCGUUAACUACCCAUUGAAACAGGCCCUGGUACACCUGCUGGACCAAGAAGUCCUCAACAUGGAGGACAAUAUGACUAAAUUCUGCAUUUCAAACCUGACAUGUCAAUUAAGCCAAAUUGGACUAGGCAGAGUGGUGCAAUCGUGGAAUGCACACAGGAUCCCAGGACGUGGGAUACCCAAUGAACUUGCAGCAGGUGGCUGUCCAGCUAAAAUCUCUGAAGAGCUGCUGCCCAAUGCCUCUGUUGUGGCAAACAUGUAUGAGCAAGAGUUUGGAUCCUCGCUAACUUAGGUGUCAGUUUUUGGAACUGACCCAUUUUCAUCUGAGGAGGAUAGAUGUCAUGCAGAACAAGACUUUGCAGAAAACUACCCUGACAUCUCUCUUCUUUUUAAUCAUGUGGUAAAUAAUGACUAUACACCUUUCCAAGAUGCCUUGUUGUACCUCAUAAAUGUCACCCAAAGAUAUGUCUGAAAACAGUAACUGAAAUGCAGUGGUGUUGUUAAGUAGCUAGGAAAACA